AUGGAUCGAGUUGAGCCUCAGAGUCUUUUAAAGACGAUUCUUGGCUUUUUUGCUCAAAGGCCAUCUGAAAGGUCGACGCGGCCCCCCUCGUUGAGGUCGCAGGCGCGCGACGCCUGGGUGCGAACGGACGCGUAUCUGCAGCACGAAACCGAUGAUUUGGACGAAGCAGACCCCAAGCAAUUAGAAAGAACAUUGACAACAUUUGAGAAUCUUAUUCAGUAUGGUUCUGAUAUAGAAGAAAACUCUAAGACCGGGGAUAAGAGCGUACAAACCGAUGUUCCGUAUCCAAAGCUUCAUGCGGUUCGUCACAUAAUCCAACGUCCAAAUAAUGAUGCGUACGCCAGAAGACGAUCAAAUAUUCGCAUAAGCAAGCGCAAGCGAGAUAAUGAUGCUGUUAUUGAAGAGCUCUCACGCCUUGAAACGGAGGCAAAAAAGCGCCGAGUGCUGCCCCGCGAGGAACCAAACAUGGCGGACGAAAUGGAUGAGCCUGAAGCAGAUGAUGCUAUUUUGAUGCGCAAACACUCGGUCUCAUUGCAUCAGGCGUUGCGGACCCAUUGGACUUCUUUUGAGGAUGGCCAGUUCCAGAGGCUUCGCCCACAACCAAAGACCUACGACGACUCUCAAAAACCCAUGAUGGUGUCUUUGUCAGCCCUGUUCAAGCGUCAACAAGAAUUACACGGUGGUUCAUCUGUUUUGCCGCUUAAGGGGAAGAGAAUAUUGGCAGUCAUACUUGCCACAGCAUUACUUCCGUUGCUGGAGACCCCGUGGGUGCAGCCUUCCUUUGAUCACUCAAAGAUUCAAUUUUUCCAGCCACUUCAUGACGGAGAGCUACCGGAUAUCACAAAGCCUUUCCUUUCUAUGGUAAAAGCACCAGUCAUCUCGGCGAGGACGGCGGGCUCUGAAACCAGCCAAAACGAGACGGCGAGCUACAAACAUAUGGUGCAUCCCAAUGCCAGUGUCUUAGCGCUAGGGAUCCUCUUGUGUGAGCUUCACUAUUGCAAGCCCGUGGAGUCCUGGCAAAAAAGGACAGAGACAGCCCGAAAUAUCAACACUGAUUACUAUACUAGCCUUGAUCUUCUAAAACAAUUGGAAGGCGAUGUAGGCGCCGAUUAUUAUCUCGCGACGAAAGCAUGUCUGCAAUGGGAGUAUUUCCCGACUGGUGAAUCUACUAGCUUUGAAUCUGCUACUGUUCAGAAACUAUUCUACCAAAAGGUUGUCAAAAGACUUGAGUCUGAGAUAUUCAAGUCAUGGAACAUUCGACUAGAAGAUCUGAAUUCUCUCGACUCUUUUGAAAACGAACGCUGCUGGGGCCUAAUCGGCCGAGAGGUAGUCCACCGACAAACGAUAAGGCACGGAUCCUCGGCUAGCAGUAAUUACGAGAUGGUGGCAUCUUCUGGGCUCGCCUCUGAUAUGAAAUUUUGGGACCAUUCCUUGGAAGAUGCGAGGAUGCUUAUGAGAGUGCCGACUCGGAACUCUCAAUGUGUUCAAAAGCACCCGAAUCUUAUGGGACCAUCUAAUCAAAAUCUCUACCUUUUUGAUGCAAGUCAACCCAUAGCCUCCGAGCAAGAGGUUGAGCUUUCCGAAAGAUGGAUGAAUAGUCUUUUGUUGUCCAUUCAUUCUCAUGUUGAACCGAUGGAAAUUUUGACGCAGUCAUCAGGAGUAUCUAUCAUUAAUGAAUCGUGGGCAUCUGAGAGAGUCCGAAUAGCAAUCUUGGACUGUGGAUUUGAUACCAAGAACCCGCUCAUAAUCGAUGAUAGCCAACAACUUGAUCCGCGCAUUAAGGGUGUGCGAAGCUUUGUACAUGGAACAGACCCGAUGGACAUGCAAGAUGAAAUUGGACACGGCACUCAUGCUCUUGGAAUUCUCCUCAAAGUGGCCUUGUGCGCCGACAUUUACAUUGCCAAAAUUGUAAACCAGGAAACAUUGGGCCGCGACAGCUACGACGCUAUCACCGCGGCCAUCAACCACGCAGUUAGUGAAUGGAACGUGGACGUCAUAUCGAUGUCUUUUGGAAUCCGUGAAUAUUAUGAGCCUAUGAAAUCAGCAAUAUCGAAUGCGUUAAACAAUCAAACACUGGUGUUCGCUGCGGCAUCGAAUGAUGGAGCAAACUUUGGACGCGCCUUUCCCGCCAAAUAUCCAGGCGUUUUCUGUAUACAUUCGACCGAUGGAAACGGAAAUCCUUCUGCAUUUAAUCCCACAGCGGAGGAAAAGGAUGUCAACUUUAGUCUGCUCGGAGAACAUGUUCGCUCUCACUGGCCCGCUGGCAAAAAUGGGCACAACGACAUUGUCAAUAUCAUGUCUGGAACUUCAGUGGCAACCCCAAUUGCUGCUGGGCUUGCUGCUUCGAUUCUGUCAUUUGUGCGACAGCAGGACCAGGGUAUACCUGACGGAAGUGAUCUGCUGGGGUUGUGGUUGAAGGACGUUCAUGCGAUGGAUGCUGUAUUGAAGAGCAUGGUAAGACAACGGAGGGGAGUGGGAUAUGACUACAUCACCCCUCAUCUCCUCCUUGAUACGAAUUGCUCAAGUGAGCACGUUUACAACAAAAUCAAAGAUAUCAAAACCCACAUGUAUAAUUAG